UGUGAAAGUGUGAGUGUCGUCUGCUCAAUGUACGCGCACGAGCUAUAGCAAGUAGUGCCUGUUGCGUCGGGGAAGACCCGCUCUUAUCGAGGUUAUUAUCGGCGAACCACUUCAAAACGUGAUUACAUCGACGAUCUGUCAUUUCUUGCAAAAUUUAUAACGUGCAUUUUUACGACUUUUACCGAGAAUAGCGACGACGUCAUUUUUAUCAGGAAACCGAUAGUCGCUUUUAUACGAUUUUGGAAUCAUGAGUUCAGCAGGCUACAGUCCUGUCUCAAUGGGAAGCCAGACAAUGGAUAUGGAAGAUUUUCCAUCAGAAAUAAUAAGUGCUACUGAUGAUCAAUCUCAAAAUGUUGAUAUAAGCAUUUGCGAAAAGACUAAGAUCAAAAUUCUAGUUCAACCUAUUGAUAAAUUUCGCUUUAGAUAUAAGUCUGAAAUGCUUGGAACUCAUGGCAGUCUUUUAGGAGAUAAAGACAAUAAUCGUCACAAAAGAGAUGUCCCUACUGUACAGUUAUUUAAUUGUCCAUUCAAAAAGGCUGUUAUAAGAUGCACUAUUGUGACUGCAAAUGAAGAUAAAAGAUUCCCACAUGCACAUCGUUUAGUUAAAAAAAAUUCUUCAGAUGAUACAGAUGAUCCUCAUGAUAUAGAAGUUUCUGCUGAAAACGAUUAUACUGCAACGUUUUAUAACAUGGGAAUAAUUCACACUGCAAAAAAGCACAUUAAAGAUGAAAUUUAUAGAAAAAGAAGAAUGGAGUUAUUAGAAACAAAAAAAAGACAGGAUCCAAGUAAUGUUGUUAUUUCAACCCGAGAAGAAAUGAAGUUGCAAUCAGAAGCAGAGAAUGCAAAAAAUUGGAUGAAUUUGAAUUCUGUAGCACUCUGUUUCCAAGGGUAUAUACAUAGCAGUAACAAUGCAUUAAUACCAUUUACUGAGAAAGUAUACUCUCGACCCAUCAAUAACUUAAAAAGUGCAUUAACAGGAGAACUGAAAAUAUGUCGCAUCGAUAAAAGUUUUGGUUGUGUGGAUGGUAAUGAUGAAAUUUGGAUUCUAGUUGAGAAAGUUGGUAAAAAAAAUAUAAGGGUAAAGAUUUAUGAGUUAGAUGAGGAUACUGACAAUACAAUUUGGGAAGCUGAUGGAAAAUUUUCAGAAUUAGAUGUUCAUCAUCAAUAUGCAAUUAUAUUUAGAACUCCUCCAUACAAAGAUACUUCUACAACUGAACCAAAAGAAGUAUUUAUUAGAUUAGAAAGGCCAUCUGAUGGAGAAUAUUCAAAUAGUGUAAAAUUUACUUAUAAACCAUCUGACAAAAUAUUAAAUAGAAAACGACCUCGAUUUGAACAAAGUGGUUGGAAAUCAAAUAAUUUGGAUGAUCCAAAAUCUCUUAAUAUAAAUGCGGUAGAAAUGAUUAAACAUAAUCCCACUGAAACAGCCGCUGAAAUACAAAAAAUUCUUCAUGAAGAUUAUUCAGCUGACUUGGAAGCAAUGGAUCCUUUCUUAGGUGAAGGGCUAGAUAACUGGCUAGCUUUAUUAGCAAACUCAAAGAAUCCUAUGCUUGAUACUGAUAUUGUUACUGACAGUGCUGAUGUGGAGUUGAAACAUUCAGAGAGAUUUGCCGACAAUAUAUUAUUUGAAAUUUUAAAAAUUCUUCAAAUUUCUCAAAGUACCAAGCAAUAUAAAUCCGAUUCAUCAACUAAAAUACGCAAUUUAUUGCAACAAGUGACUUAUUAUGGUGACACACCAUUACAUUUUUCUUUACGUUAUAAUCAAUAUGAAUGUACCAAAAAUUUUAUUAGAUUAAUGGCAGUUGAUUCAACUUUGAGACCGAUAGCUAACAUUCAAAAUAGCAGUGGAGAGACUCCUCUCCAUUUUGCUGUAAGGGCUGAUCAGCCAGAAACUGUGCAAGCUCUUUUAGUUCUUGAUGCCAAUCCAAAUAUUGGUGAUGAAAAUGAUUACACACCACUGCAUCGGGCGAUUGUUGGUGGAUACAAUACUUGCUUAAAGAUUUUAUUGAAAUAUUCAAGCAAAUUAAAUCUAGAUUCUUUAUCCGAUUCUGGAUGGGCACCUUUACACAUGGCUGCUAAAACUGGAUCUUUAGACGCUGUUAAAGCUCUCAUUAAAUCUGGAGCCAAUGUUAACAUUACUGAUAACUCGUAUGGCCGUUCAGCUUUGCACAUUGCCGUGGAUCACAACCACUUACAUAUUGUUAAAUUUUUAGUGGAAAAUACAAAAAUUGAAGUUAAUAUGAAAAAUAUGGGUGGUAAUACUGCAUUACACACCGCUGCAGUUAAAAAAUGCGAGAUUGGUGAAAAGUUAGUUGAGUUACUAAAAAAACAUGGGGCUCUUUCGAAUUUACGUAAUAAUAGCGAAAAUCACCAGACACAGAAUGAGACAAGCAUCAACUUCGAUGUAACGCAAAACACCAAUGAUAUAGAUAUACAGGAUGAACACUCAUUAAUGAUUAAGAGCGAGGUAGAAAGCGAAGAAGAAGACGAAGAAGAUUCAUGUGAAGAGCCUGCAGAGCCUUUUUCGAAAGAUGCUCAAAGACUGAUGGAGUUAUUAAAUGCACCGCAACCAUACUUACGUCUAGAAGAACUAGUUCUCAAGGAAGAAACUGAGUCAUCGGACGACGAUCUGCCUUUACAGGAAAGAUUGAAUUUGAGCUUACCAGAUAAAGUUCGAAGGACUACUUCGAAGACGAGCUCUUCUUCCAAAACUGAGAUACCAGCUACAGAAAACCGUAAAAGGAAUGAUUCAAAAAUUCUAGUUAAAGCUGCCGAUCCAGUUUUAAUACAAAAGCAGUUAGAUCAGUUGAGGAAGAAUGAGGUAAAGUUUACAAAAGAGCACGUCAAUGCGAUCAAAGAAAUAUUGGAUAGUACAGGUGUAUGGGAAAAAUUGGCGCAUCACACGAACCAUGGCACGUUUAUACGCUUGUACAAGAAAACGAGUAGCCCAUCGACGGCAUUAUUCACGAAAAUUUUGUUACAGAUGCCAGAUACUUCGGUCCGCCAAGUAAAAAAAUGGCUCAUAGAUAUAGAAGCAUUCGAAGCUGCUUCGGCGUUAGAAGAAGUAUAAUUUUUUAAUAUCUUUAUUUUAUAAAAAUUAUUUUUUCUAAGUUUGUUUAUACUAAAGAUUUUUAAACUAUAAUUAUAUUUUUUAUAAUUUCGACUGUUGAAAAGUGUAAAUUUGUAUGUAUCAUAG